AUGCACUGGCGACAAGUGGAUGGUGAUAAGUCAAAGAUCCAGUUCCUUGCGAAUCGGGCCAAUAUCAACUACCAUGGGAAUUCUCAACAACCCGGCGCUGGCCACGCUGCCGCGGGCACGAUCCUAACACCGGACCUUGCGGGAAUGCCCAUUGUUUUCCCUGUUCAUUUGGUUCAGGAUGCUCUGAAAAUUGUUCUAGAUGUCUUUAUUGUUGAGGUCGUCAUGUUUUAUGACAUAUCCGAAGAAAUUGAAAAUCGACUGCUAAGGGCACUGGAUAGCCCACGUGCCGAGGGCAGUCAGGGCUGGGUAGUGCACGGUGCGAUGGUGGAGGAGCCUACAAGGCUCCGGUACAAUGUUUCAGGGAGGGCUUAUUUUGCGAUGGCCGGUUGGGAGUCGAGGGAGAGUCAGGGUCUGUUGAGUAUUUUGGAUCCCGAAAUUGGGCGGAAUGAGCUGGAAUCGGCUGAGUCGCGGUAUGUUCUGUUUGAUAAUUGA